AUGGAUGAUCUCAAGUUAUUCGCCUCCAGUCGCUCCCAUCUUAUGGAAUUGCUAAACGUCACUUGUGAUUUUAGCAAUCCUAUUGGAAUGGAGCUGGGGACGGAUGAGUGUGCGAUCAUCCAUGUCGAAAGGGGAAGGGUUGCUAACUCUGAGGGCAUAGACUUAUCUAUGCCCAUCAGCAUAAGGACCCUUUCCGAGGCUGAAACAUACCGAUAUCUAUGUAUGUCACAGAACAUCGGUGUAGAUGAGGCGUGUAUGAAACGAUCAGUUUGCGUUGUGUUUUAUGCACGCUUGACCAAAGUGCUUAACAGCCUUUUGUCCGGUGUGAAUAAGACACACGCAUAUAACAGUUGGAUCAUACCUGUUCUCAUGUAUACCUUUGGCAUAUUCAGGUUGACUCAGAUCGAAUUGAGCGCUGUGGACAGAAAAGUCCACACUAUUAUGACGUCCCUCAGGAUGCAUCAUCCGAGAUCUAAUUCUAUUAGAAUGGAGCUGGGGACGGAUAAGUGUGCGGUCCUCCAUGUCGAAAGGGGAAGGGUUGCUAACUCUGAGGGCAUAGACUUAUCUAUGCCCAUCAACAUAAAGACCCUAUCCGAGGCUGAAACAUACCGAUACCUGGUUAUGUCACAGAACAUAGGUAUCGAUGAGACGGACAUGAAACAGUCAGUUUGCGAUGUGCUUUAUGCACGCUUGACAAAAGUGCUUAACAGUCUUUCGUCGGGCGUUAAUAAGACACAUGCAUAUAACGGUUUGAUCAUGCCUGUUCUCAUGUAUACAUUUGGCAUACUCAGGUGUACUCAGACCGAAUUGAACGCUCUAGAAAGCAAAGCCCGCACUAAUAUGACGUCCCACAGAAUGCAUCAUCCGAGAUCGUCAGUAAUGAGGCUGUACUUGCCGCGGAAGCAUGGUGGACGCGGCUUUUUGAGAUCGCUUACCAUGCAUAAUUGCGAAGUGUGCAGCCUCCGUGAACAUGUAAAAAAGAGUGUUGAUGAAAACAGAGAUGAUAAUGGAGAUCCUAAUGAUGAUGGUAAAGACGAAUCCAUGGAUAUACCUUAUGAAGUGGAUCAAAACAACGUUACUUGCACAAGAAGACAAAACAGCCAAAUGCACGAAAUACAUCCAGCAAAAAUCAUGCAAUUUCCUUUUAUAGCAGCAAUAAUGUCUCAACAGCAUGAAUAUUUAUGUGCGGGUUCUGUAGUAUCUAAUGGGCUUGUUCUUACAACGGCUAAGUGCGUUCUACAGCCAAUUAAUUACGUCUUACUUAACACUACUUUUGGAAAAAAAGAUGACACAUCAGUUGUUUUGCACAUAAUAAAGAGCGAGAAAUUUCCAACGUACUCUGGAGUAGGCAAAGAUGUUGGACUCAUAUAUACGGAAAAACAUAAUAAUACAUUUGCUACAAAAAUUAGUUUGAGCAAUAUCACUGCUGCGGACCAGCUUGUGGACGUAGAAGCUCUAGGAUUUGGCUUGAAUGCUGAUGCUGGACAAGUUAAAGAACUGCAAUAUGUUGGCUUAGAACGUAGAAGCGAAGCGAAUGAAAAUUAUGUUGCUUAUAUUGAUUGUGUAGAAACCAAGAUAAAGUCCUGUUUUAAGGAUACUGGAGGCCCUGUAAUAUACGAUAAUCAGAUUGUGGGUGUGGUUGUCAAAGGUCAAAAUGAUUGUACUAGAGAAAUUACUUCACGAUACGCUAUUAAUAAAAUGAUGAUCGAGUUUCUACCAACCUUCACCUUUAAAGCAUGGUUAGACGAGAGAAUAAAAAAGAAUGAAGAACAAGAAACAGCAACCUUAAUGACGUAUCCAUCCAAACCAAUUCUUCGUCAAGUGACUCAUGUAUUAACUAGUAUCAAUAGAAAUAUUUCUCACAGGUGUUCACUGAGCAUUCUCUCUAUAUAUUUAUUAACAUUUAUAACAUAUUUUUGA